AUGUCCUGCCAGCAGAACCAGCAGCAGUGCCAGCCCCCUCCCAAGUGCACCCCCAAGUGCCCCUCCCCCAAGUGCCCCCCGAAGAGCCCAGCACAGUGUUUGCCCCCAGCCUCUGGCUGUGCUGUUAGCUCUGGGGGCGGCUGUGGCCCCAGCUCCGAGGGAGGCUGCUGCCUGAGCCACCACAGGCACCACCGCAGGUCCCACGGGUGCAGGCGCCAGAGGUCCAGCUCCUGUGACAGGGGCAGUGGUCAGAGCUCCGCGGGCUCUGGCUGUGGUCAUGGCUCUGGGGGCUGCUGCUGA